UCAUAGUCUUUCAAAAACUUCGAAAAUAAUAAUUAAAGAAAAUUGGAGAAAAUUUUAUUUAUAGAGAUUUAUUUAUUAGUCUCUUCAAUCUUCAAUCUCUCCCUCCCUCGACAACAACACAACAUUCAAAUCUCUCUGCUUCUCUUUCUCUUUCUCUGUUCAUCUCUAUUUUUUUUCUUUUCUGUAAACACUUUCUUUGAUUCACAUUCAAGAAGAAGAAGAAGUUCACAGUGGAAACCGCACAGCAAUUUUAGAUGAAAAUUCACUAAACCCAGAUUUCCUUUUCCAUUCUUUUACCCACUUGAAAAUGUAUAUAUAUGAUUUGAUGUAACUGAGAAAAAAAUUAUUUCUGGGUUUUCUUGGAACUUUCUUGAUGUGUUUUCUCAGUGGGUUUCCUCCUUUUUGCUGUUAGAAAAAAGGGGUUUGAGGGUUUGCGAGAAGAUAUUGAUAUGCAUUGUUUGUUAUGAAUUUGUUGCAGAAUAGGUGGAAUCUGAGUGUGCAAAGCUAGUGAAGGAUUUAAUAGGUGGGAUUUGAAAUCCAAACUCAUUUUCAGAAUACGAGGAAUGUGAGUGCAAACCAGUGAAAGAUUUAAUGGUGGUUCUUCCUUCUCCUUCUCCUCAAUCAGUCUAUUCAGAUUUGAAAUCCUGACCCAUAAUUUGAGUUCCAUGGGGUUAACCAACAAAGAUAAUGAAGGAGUAAGUCCAAGUAGAGUGGAGGCUGUUGGAAUGGAUACGCUAGGGAUUUCGUCAUCCCCCCACAAAGAGAAUAGGCAUAUGGAGGGCAUCAAUGAUUCUCAACCAUGGCGUGCCAGAAAAUUGCGUAGUCAUAUGCCUUCCCGAUUUGCAAAUCAACCAGCUGCGGAUGAGAAUGUGGCUACCAGAGAUAUUCCUACUAAAGCUACUGGUGAAAGCUCUGGGUGGUCGAAUAGUGAAGCCCGUCAGACUGGAUGCAAUGAGGGACCUCCUGCUACGUUGGAGUUCCAUGUUAGGUCUGAAGAUGGAAUCAACGUUUUUGUUGAUCUGAACUCGAGCUUAUCAGACUGGACAAAGAAGUUAAAGAGUGAACUUUGUAUCCAUCCAGAAAAGCUGAAUGCUAAGUCUAGAGUUCUUCACCACGAGCUUGGAAUUGUCAAUGAAAGUGAAGAACAAAUGAAAGCUUCAUUUCUUGGGAAUACGGCGGUAAACUUGAAAACAACAGGUGAUCCCAAGGUUACUGAAUCUUUCACAAGCUCAUACGUAAGAGAUAUUCCUGAAGAACAUAUAAUAUCUUCUGUAGUAAGUCCUAACAACGUUGCAGAGUCAACCCCUGUUAGGGAGAUUGAUUCAAAGGUUUCAUCUCUGUGCGGUGACUAUUCUCAGAAUUCUGUAGAUUUGAACAGUGACUCCCAUCUCCAAAAUGGCAACGAAACUUUUGUUUCUGCUGGCUCAAUAUUAUCUGAUAUAUCAGAUGGAUCAAAGAGUGAUAGCAAAUGUCCAGAAAGUGCUGAAACAUUCCCCUCGGCUUCGGUUUCUAGUAAACCAGAUCUUCCAAUUGUCAGCGAAUUCUUUAAGGAUGGAAUCUCGCUCAUUACUUCAGCUCUUGGGAACCCUGGUGGUGUGAUUCCUAUGUGCUCAACUGGUGAUUCAAUGGGGAUGCAAUCAUCAGAAGUUGCAAGUUACUCUAAUGACACCGGAAAAUGUUCACUUCAUAACCUUGACAGAUCAGAUUUGGACGAUCCAAUGACUAAUUUACAAACUGAUGAAGGCGGGUCAGAAAACAAGGAACCUGGUCAGAACACAAACAGUGACCCUCUAUAUGCAUCUUCUGAAGAAGGGGGAGGGAGCAACCCCAUAAGUGAGAAAGAUAGCUCAGAGUGUUCACAAAUUAAUAAGUUGUUGAAGAGGCCUUCUAACUGUUCUGAUAAUCCGGAGCCUGGAGGGCUUCAGAUGAGGCGAACCACAAGAUCCCAAGAGCGUGUGAGGAAAGCUGAGAGGAAAGCUAUACUCGUCUUACAAAAAAAUGCAAAGAAAUUUUUACCCAGGAGAUCUUCACCGCGGCUGGUCUCUCAGUGAUUCGAUCUAAUGGCUCUGACGAGAACUGGAACAGUGGGCAGAGUUCAGAUUAUGUUGUCUCUUCCUCUUAGUGCAGGCCAAACUUUGCAUGGUGUUCAAGCUAACCAUAUGAUACUUAGUAAGUUCUGGGAUUUGUUUGCUCAUAACUCAUCGAUUUUUUGAUUCAUCAGCUGAAAUUCAACUCAACCAAGGAGCCACGACACUUGCAUUUCAAUUUCCACAUUGUGAAUUUGUUUUGCGGUAUGUUGCAUAUAUGUUAAUUACCCUUGUAGCAUUUAUUUGUUGAACACAAAUUUCUUUCGAGGAUAAAACUAUUCAGGUUGGUGAUGUAUACUUAGGUUAAAGAAAAUGAACGUUAUUGAGGAUUUAACGUUGUCUUUGUAACACAUAAAAUCAGAACAUUCAAAAUGAAUCACAAUGUUUUAGUUUCUUGCA